AUGGCGGGCCUCUUUGGAGCCGCGACCACGUCGAGCACGGCCACAUCGAAUGCGCUCGGCGAUCUCAAGUCCGACGUCGCCCUGAGCGACCCUCCCACCGACACCAUCACGGCACUGUCCUUUUCGCCGGGCCAGAGUCAGCAGGACUUCCUUGCCAUCUCUAGCUGGGACAACAAGGUUCGCAUCUACGAAAUUGCCCCAAACGGCCAGAGUCAGGGCCGCCACGCAUUUGAGCACAGCCAACCCGUCUUUGACUGCGAUUUUUCCAAGGAUGGAACAAAGGUCGUGUCCGCGUCGGCCGACAAGAACGUCAAGGUCUGCGACCUAGCCUCGCAGCAGGACAUUGUCAUUGGCACCCACGAACAGCCCGUGCGCUCGUGCCGCUUCUUCGACAGCAGCGGCACGCCCAUGGUGGUGACGGGCUCGUGGGACAAGACGGUCAAGUACUGGGAUCUGCGCCAGCAAGGUGCUGCCGCCAGCGUGCAGUGCCAGGAGCGUGUCUACACUGCCGAUGUGCGCGAUAACCUUUGCGUUGUGGGCACCGCAGACCGCUACAUCAACAUCAUCAACCUCAAGGACCCGACCAAAAUUUACAAGACUCUCCAGAGCCCGCUUAAAUGGCAGACAAGGGUAGUUAGCUGCUUCACCGAUGCUGCCGGCUUUGCUAUUGGCAGCAUUGAGGGGCGAUGCGCGAUUCAAUAUGUUGAGGAAAAGGAUUCUGGAUACAACUUUUCGUUUAAGUGUCAUCGCGAUAAUGCCGUCAACAAUAUUGUCAAUGUUCACGCCGUCAACGCGAUUUCGUUUCACCCCGUCCACGGUACAUUUAGUACCGCAGGCUCGGACGGCACGUUUCACUUUUGGGACAAGGACGCCAAGCACCGCCUCAAGGGCUACCCCAACGUUGGCGGUAGCAUCACGGCGACGACGUUUAAUAAGAGCGGUAGCAUCUUUGCCUACGCCGUGGGCUACGACUGGAGCAAGGGCUACCAGCACAAUACGCAAAACUUGCCCAUCAAAGUGAUGCUGCACCCCAUCCUCAACGACGAAUGCAAGCCGCGUCCUUCAACGAAGAAGCGGUAG